UUUCCUCUAAAGCUCUGAGCAACACUCUCUUCCGUGUAGAAGGCCAUCGGAGAUAUUUCUAUGUCUCAUAUUCCAGAAUCUGAGGCAGCCAGGACCCCAGAAAAAGAAGGGACUAAAAGUCAUUCAGGGACAAAACAUAAAAGUGGGGGGGACACCGGAGGCAGAAAAAGCACAACAGGGGCCCAUGAUGGAGCCAAAAAAGGUACGAGUGGUGGAAGCCAUGACAGGAAGAGUCCACAAAGUGGGCACGAGCACGGGCAUCAUGCCAGUGGGAGAAAUCAUCAUAAAGGCAAAAGAUUGAGUGACACCCAAAGCAUUACAACCAAGACUUACUCACCCUUUUUGAAUGCACUUUUCAGCAAGGAGAGAGAUUUGGCUCCAGAAGAGAUGGAUGAGCUUCAUGCUGCAUUUCUGGAAUUUGAUGCAGAUCAGGAUGGGUUCAUUGGGUACAAGGAGUUAGGUGAAUGUAUGAGAACCAUGGGAUAUAUGCCAACAGAAAUGGAGCUGAUUGAAAUCUCCCAGCACAUCAAGAUGAGGAUGGGUGGUCGUGUGGACUUUGAGGAUUUUGUGGAACUCAUUGGUCCAAAGAUGUUGGCAGAAACAGAAAAUAUGGUUGGUGUUAGAGAACUCAAGAUUGCUUUCAAAGAAUUUGAUGUAAAUGGAGAUGGUCACAUCAGUGGAAUGGAGCUGAGAGAUGCUGCUCAGAGUUUCUUGGGUGAGCCUCUAAACCCUAGCGAAGUCCAGGAGAUCAUUCAUGAUGUAGAUCUGAAUGGUGAUGGCCGUGUCGACUUUGAUGAGUUUGUCAUGAUGUUGUCAUCCAGAUAACCUUUGCUGAAGAAAUUAUCACAGUGUGAACAGACAAUAAUGAAAUCCUUGAAGGGCCUUGUCUCCCAGUAGCUGUGUCGAAAUGAUACUUUUGAUCAAAAAGUGUACAAAAGUAUGCACAUCACAUGGUUAAAAAUGUCUAUUGUUGUAACAUUAAAAUAUUAAUUACAAGCAAUGCAAACAUGUGUGUUAUUUAUAUAAAUAUAUACAUAAAGGCACUCUGCAUAAAACAAUCUGUAGAAAUAGGGGUAUUAUCCUAAGAGGUAGAGCUCUGAAACUUUAUAGCAAGAUGAAGAUUGCCUUAUAAACUUAAUGGUAAUAUACACAAAGCAGGAUAAUGUUUUCACAAGAUACUUUUCUUCUUGCUAAUAGUUUUAGUGUUUUCCUGGUGUUCUUUUGCAUUGAUUUGACAUAUCUAGUUUAGAGAGAGUUGAUGUAGCAACAAGCUUUCUUCAUUAUAUCAUUUAUCAAAAUAUGGGAGGUAGAAGAAUUGGAAGCCAUAUCUGCCUCGCACGGCGCAGUAUAUGAAUAUAACAUGGUAAACUGCAAGAGAAAAAAAACAUACACACGAGUGAAAAGGGAGGAACAGAGAACAACAUUGUUGUAAGCAAGAAUCCCACCUGAUCAUGUCACAUACAUGUUAAAUUUACAUGUAAACUAAAUACCUGGUUACAAUUUUUUUUUU